CGGGCUUGCUUUUGCAGAGAGAUGUUUUCAUAUCCCUUGGAUCCAGCCUCAGUUUUUUAUCUGCUCUGUGCACUGAAGAUAAUUGUGUGCCACUCCAUGAAAUGAAGUGAUUCAAAGUCAGGUCUCAGCAGGUGCUGGUCACCUGUGCUAUUUGCUUUCUGGAAGCACUGAGCUUCAAUAGGGAUGUCUCCAGUUCCUGUAAUCCCUGCCCCAGGCAGGAAAACUGCCCUAGAGCUGCAGUCUAUGAGGGGUGUGGGUCCCCUUUCCCACAAAAAGGGAUUUUGUGCAUCAGUCCCAUGAGAUUUUUCUCCCAUGGAAGAACCGUGGGGAGGAUGUGGCCAGCCAGUCCCUAUGGGGUACCACAGGUGAGGCAAUGUUCCCCUGGCUGUCCCCUGUGUUAAACCCCAGAGGGCUGGAGAGGCCGCGUCCCUACAGCACUGGCACAAGAGCUUUCAAAAAAAAGGCGGGUUUUUAUUCACAGCUGCUUGUUGGAACAGCUCUCCUUACAUUGGCCUCUGGGGGAUGAUGCAGGGGUGAUGUAACAGCAUGGAUUGCGUCACUGCAGCAGACUUGGGCUGGCAGUGGCACCAGCAGGUGGGAUGGCUGCAGUGACAGAUGUGCGGAGUGGCCGCCUGUUGGAUUUGGGCACUAUUUUAUCUUGCCUCACAUUUUUUCCCCCCCGAGUCUUUGUACAACCAGCUCCAGUAGUGUGCGGAAGAAGCUCCUGGGCCCUCCUUACCGCAUAGUAUGGCUGGUGGCCAAUGCUCCCUGUGCCAGCCUCCUGGUGAGUCACAGGGCGAUGGCCUCACCUGGCGCCGGUGACUACUUGGUACAGCCAUGCCUGUUUUGCUUUCCUUUUCACACCUGGGGAUCUCCUGCUUGUCGGGGAUUUUUUUUGCUCUGGAAAAGCAGAGCGAACCUCCCCAGUGCUUUGCUUUCACUCUGUAGCACUGGGGGACCUGUCAUUGUUUGCGACACCCGAUGUAUUAACAGCAUAGUCAAUAGAUGUGGAAUGCAAUUAACAAUUUCUUCAUAUAGUGAGGCCAAGUAGCUGCUUGUUUUCUUUAAGGCAGAAGCAGAAGGGGGCUGCAGCGCUGUCUGUGCCUCCCUGCUGGGCUGGCUGUGGUGUCUCCAGCCUGUGGUGGCUUUAGGGGUCCUGCUGUGGUGGGUGACAGCUGUUGCAGUGGCAGAGCCAGGUUCAAAGGAGCUAUGCCAAAUGCAGUCAGAGUGGGCUGAGGUACGUCCUGUUGCAGCUCCUUAUGCAGGAGUCUGGGUUUUCCAGCCAGCUGCUCAGAUCUCAGUGUCCCCAAUGGAACCAUGCAGCGUGUCAUGCUCCAGUGCUCUGUGCUUACAGCUCUGGCUUCCCUGCUCUGCUUUCACUUUACCUUUGGCACCUUGGGAUUUCCUGCUUGCCCGUGUAAAGAAAUGACGUCUCAUUACGCUUUGCCAACCAGAAACGAUGCCUGGGGAAAUAAACACUGCGGUGACAGAAGAGACAAACCAAAGGAGCCAAGUCCCACAGCAACGUGAUGCUGCUAUGACACCCAAUGGGCCACCCCAGAGCAUCUUUAUGGUUGCUCUGAGUGCAGCCAGCAGAAAUGGGCACAGGUUUUUGGGGUAAAUCCCCUGGAUUAUGGUGUAGAUGGGACUGCAAGAGCUGGACCGAAGGGGAGGGUGAGCUGGCAUUGUCCAUGAGCGUGUUGCCCCUUCUCCCAUGUAGGCCGUAGUGCUCCAGCUGCACUGAGGGUGUUGUGCCCAGCUUUAACACCUCAUGGGAUUUUUCUGUUAUGGAUGUUCUGUGUCUAGCUUGGGUAACUUCUGUGAAGUUACUUAAGCUGCUUUUGGCUUGUAUUUCAUGGCUGUACCAAGUGUGAGCAAGUUGCAUUGAAUAAAAUGCAUUUAUUUCAAUGUGUCUGUUUCUUUAAGUAGACAGAAAGGAGAGAGGAGCUUGGAGCACACAAGCUAAUGAAGAACCGAGCCUUGACUGAGGCUCAGGCUUUUAAUUAUUGAGCUUAGCUGUAUUAAUGAGUCACAUAGACCAGUGCUGGUGGGACCCUGGUCCUGCAGCGCUGUCCAUGACUUGUCAUGAGCAAAAAACCCACAUCUCCAGCGCUUUCAGGCUUUACAUCUGCAUCUGGCUGUCCUGGCUCUGCUCCAAGCUCUAAUUCCAUCCGGUCUGAGCAAAGUGAGCUCUGCUGCUGGCUGAGCUGCACCACUCCUCAUCCUGCCUGUCCAGUCCCACAAUACACUGAGUGCCCCUGUUCAUCGCAGGGGAGUUGGACCAGAUGGCCUUUAAAGGUCCCUUCCAACUCAAGCGAUUCUACAAUAACCUGCUCCAGCUGCCCCUGCUUGUUAUACACACAGGAUUACAUUUUUCUACAUUAAAUGAUUGAUUAAUGCACAAAACAAAAUGCAGAUGUAGUUUCACAGCUCAGGUUACCUUGAGGAAACGGCAGCUUUUGGAUGCACAGUGUGUGCUGUGGCUGCCUUACUCAGUGCUACACUACUGCAUAGUCACUCUUUACACACAUGGGUAUAUUUUGCUAUACUUCAUGAUUGAUUAGUGCCUGACAUUCAAAGCACAGUUAUAAUUUCACGGCUCAGGUUACCUUAGGCAAAGGGCAGGUUUCUUGUAGUACAGGCAUGUUUUUACAGCUGCCAAGGCAGCGCUGUGAAGAUGCUGUAUUGGCACUUUCCAUCAAUGCUGAACAGGGAGGAAAAGCCACGCACGGUUCUGUGGGGUCCCACCACGUCCCAAGCCCCAUCCCGGUCGCCAUAUCCCCACAGCGCCCUCACCUGUGGCCGCACCUGUGGCCUCGGGGUUUCCUCUCCAUUGCUUUCACUUUCCCGUCUCAGAGCUGCAGCGCCGCGGAUUUUCCUGUCAAGCAGAAAGUGCAAUCCUGUCCUUUAAAAGCCAGGGAGAUGGGGCAGAGUAGGAGCAGAAGCGACUUGAGGAUCACCACCACCACACCUGAUUCUAUUUCUUCUUAUACUUCUUUGAUUUUGAUUCGAAGAUGAUACGCUACGGAUUCGCAAUCAUAUUGAUGGGGACCCUGGGGUCCCUCCUGGUGGGCGCCUUCCCCCGGGUCACCCCAGAGAAGAGCUGCAGCCUCUCCAAGUACCAGUUCCCUGCGCCUUUGGAGCUGAAGGCAGUGCAGAGGAUGAAGGAGCAGUUUGAAGACAUCAUGCUGUUAACAAACCGAAAAUGCAACACCAGGCUCUUCCAUCGGAAGUGGAGCACGGCCGAGCUGUCGGUACCUGACCGCAUCACGCUGGUGGAGGCUGAGCUGGACCUCACCAUCACCAUGCUCACAAACCCCACAACCCAGAGACUGGCUGAGACGAGCCAACAGCCCCUGGCCUUCCUUACCCAAGUCCGGGAGGACCUGAGAGACUGCUUGGCUCUCGAGGCACCUUCACAUCAUCCCUCUGGGAAACUGAGGCACUGGCUGCAGAAGCUGGAGACAGCCAAAAAGAAGGAGACCGCCGGCUGCCUGGAGGCCUCGGCCAUCCUCCACAUCUUCCAAGUCCUGAACGACCUGCGGUGCGCAGCCCAGCGUGAGGACUGCACUUAGCCCCACUGCUCUGCAUCCGCCCGGGAGCAGCGCCUGCUCUCACGCUGCUUUAUGGAAGCUUGGCUAUAUUUUCCUGUUUUAGCUUGUGUCUUAUUGACGUGAGCUCAGGGAACAACUUUGUAACAGCCUUUUAAUUUAUUGUGGGUUUUGUGGGGGGGUUUUGUACCGUGUAUUUAUAAAUAUUUAAGGGAGACAUAAAGAAAUGCACUUCUUGAAAGGUACUGCUCAAUGAGGAUGAGCGUAUUUAUUGUAUAUCUUUGUUUUGCUGGUUUUCAAAACACUGUUUUUACAGAGAUCUAUUUUCUGUACUCGCUAUUUAUUACACACUUUAUUACAUGUAUUUACUUGUAUAGAUAAUUUAUUUUUACAUACUAUUUAACAUGAAAAAGAAAAUAAAUACC